UCUCGGAUAUGAUACCUCUCGGCCUUUAUUUGCACUGUCUCUUCAUAUUUUGGUGUGGCAUUAUUUUCUGAGGUUUUCUAAAACCCCUUGUCUCCUUCUGUCUUCUCUAGGGUUUUAUCUUCCUUCUUGCGCAUAAAACAAACAGAUGAGUGAGAUAAUCUUCAGGAUCUCAGUUUUCCUCUAUUUUCUUCAAACGAGGCUAAAUCGGUUUCUCUAUGCGUCGGAAUCCUUGCAGGCUUACUCGUGAAGAAUUUGUAUCUUGCUUUACAGAUUCUAUUCAGCUUUCAUAUAACAACUACAGCUAUAGCUUUAUUAUUGGUGUACUUCUGGUGCAUCCUAGCAAUAUAAGAAGCUACUCAAGCCAGAGCUUAUUGGAUCCAACUAGUGAGAGCUCUACUGCCAACAUUGAUACACAGAAUCAUCCUUCCAGAAUAGAUUCAAAACAUUUUGAUCCGCUUCUUAAAUAUCAAACUGGUGAAACUUUUCCAAUUCUUCAGUCAACUAGUCUUCAGCACUGGUUUAAAAACUGGCAGCAACAAAGAAAGUAUAAACUGACGGCAAGCACUUUUGGUGGGGCUAUUGGUUUGUGGCCUGGCCGAAGAGUCCAGCUUUGGUUAGAGAAACUUGGCGCAAUAGAACCAUUUUCUGGAAACUUGGCUACUUGCUGGAGCAACAUCAAAGAAGAGGAAGCGCUUGAAAGAUACAAGUUGAUUACAGGAAAUACUGUUUUGUUUCCUGAAUUUCAAAUAUAUCAUGAGAAGAGUCCAGAAGAUGAUUGGUUAGCAGCUUCACCAGAUGGGGUGAUUGACAUGAUGGUUUAUGGCUUGCCUUCCCGAGGAGUGCUGGAAAUAAAGUGUCCAUUUUUCAAUGGAGAUAUGAGCAUAGCUUCGCCUUGGAAGCGGAUUCCCUUAUACCAUAUUCCACAAGCUCAGGGUUUAAUGGAAAUACUGGACAGGGAUUGGAUGGAUUUCUAUGUUUGGACUCCUGUAGGCAGCAGUCUAUUUAGAAUAUAUCGAGAUGUAGACUACUGGGACAUUCUGAAAAUCGCACUCUCUGAUUUCUGGUGGAAGCAUGUCCAUCCAGCAAGGGAGGAAUACAGUAAAUGCGUCAUAAAGAAUCCUCUCACUCAACUUCGACCACUAAAGCCAGCUCCUAGGCAUGAAUUAUGUAAUUAUAUAGUUUAUGAAAGCAAACGAAUUGUAGACACCUCGAAGUUAUUGAUGCGUGAAAUUCACGGGAAACUGCAAAACUGAGUUCCUCAGAUAAUGGUAUUCCUUUUCUUAAUGGACAUGCAGCUGAGAUAGGGCUUUCCUGAGUUCGUAGGUAUUAACUGCUAUUAAUUUUUUAUUCCGAGAGAAAUCUCCCAUCACUAUAGUCCACCAAGUUUCUUUUGUUCAAAACUUGUUUUUGAUCGAAUAGAAGUAUACUUGGUCAGGACUUCUCUGACUUAGCAACUUUGCAAAUGAUCAUGUCCUGUGGCGUAAUUUUUUCUUCCAAACACAUGGGUAGAAUAAUUAUUUUGGGACCUAGUUUGUUUCUGGGAAUCCACUGGUUAAACUGUCCUCGGGUUUAACAAAUCUGCUGGGUUUGAAUUCAAAAGCCCUUCCUUGGGGAUAGGAGAUUGAUGUUCCCUAAUCCUUCCCACAAUUUGUUGAAGUUAAAUAUCUGUGGCAGCUAGAAAGGAUUUGUGGUUAUGGCUCCUGUGGGUUAUUAAGACAGAUUAGUGGAUGAGUUUACUCUGAAGUGUGAUGAUGACUACACUAAUCAGGACUAUGACAUGGGAGCUGAGAAGUAUUAGUAAAAGGUUUGGGUGACUUGCUUGAGAUUGUUUCGGCGGUUGAAGUGAAGUCUAAAUGAAAGAGACCUGCUGUUCGAGAUCCUAUAAAUUCAUCAUGUCUGAAUUCUGAUUGCACAGAAGAAUUGUUGGAGUCAUCGAUGGUUUGGCUUCUACAUGGAAGAGAUUCUGUGUAAUUCCAAUUUGUAACUCUUCAUUUGGGCUGAUCUCUCUACCAAAGAAGCAAUUAUAUAAUUGCUAGUUGGCUCUGUUCUUGAGACUUGUAUUUUUUCUUAUCAGAUGACUUGAUGGUUCUAACAAGGAAAGUUGGGAGGCAUAUUAGUGAUACUUAAUAUUAGAUACAAGUGAACCGUUCUUUGCAUUGUCAUGCUAUUGGAUUUAACAGAAUAUUUUCAACAUCAGGAAGGAAGGACAAUUGAACGCUUCAUAAGCAGAGGCUAUUGAGAUUUGCACUGAAUAGUCCAGCUUGUGUAUCAUGAGAAGAGAAUAAAGCAAUCACUUCUGGAUCAACAAUUUAAUACCUUCAUGCAUAAUAUAAAUGAAGCCUUAAACUUGUAGUAAGUAUUAUAUGGUGUGUUUGAUUCUUGGAACUGGUAGAUUUUCUGUUGAGUGUCAAUGUUAGAUGACGCAGUUCAAUGGCAUUCUGAAUUUAGUGAUGCAAUAAUUUUUAAAUCAGACUUUCCAAAUAGAAGCUUUAGCAGUAUUUUAAUAAGUUGGCAAUAAAAAAAAUCAAAAAUAAUUGACCAUUAUAGUAAUCAUUCAAUGGUCUAGGUAUAUUAUUAGGAUGUGGGUUGUGUUCAGUAUAGCAUAGAACUCAGAUUUCAGGGAUGGAGAUCUCUUUCUGUAAUUCUGGAACUGUAAGUUAACCAACUAGAAUUGAACUAUCAUGAAUGAUUUUCCGAAGACUUAGAGACUUGUACAUAAGGUGAUUUGCCGGUUUACGAA